AUGGCGCCGAGUCGGCCCAGCGACAAAAAGGAGCCCAGCCCCGGCGCGAUCCUCACCGACGCCGAGACACAGCUCGACGUCGGCAAUCUCGACGAGGCCAUAGUCCUCGCCACCCGGGCACUCGAGGUGACCGGCUCCGGCGGCGACUUUGAGCUGCGCGCCCUCAAUCUGCUGGGCAUCCUGCACGUCGAGUCGGGCGACGUCGACGAGGCGCGGUCCUUCUUCGAACGCGCCGUCAAGCUCGACGAGGAUGGCAUGGUCGACGAAAAGGUCGGCGGCGGGCCUGAAAAGUUCUUGCUCCUGGCACAGCUCAGCGAAGAUGGCGGCCAGGACAGCGUCGGGUGGUUCGAGCGCGGCGCCGCGACCCUGCGGAAACAGAUCCAGGCCCUGUCCGACCUGCCGUCUCGGACGCCGACCCAGCAGGCCAGCCUCGACGAGAAGCAGAACAAGCUGGGAGGCGUGCUGUGCGCCGUCGCCGAGGUGUACAUGACCGACUUGUCGUGGGAGGAGGACGCCGAGCAGCGCUGCGAAGCCCUCAUCACCGAGGCUAUGCUGAUCGCCCCUGGCUCCCCCGAGACGUGGCAGACGGUCGCCAAUGUGCGCAUCUCGCAGACGCGCGUCGACGAGGCGAAAGGCGCGCUGCGGCGCAGCCUCGAGCUGUGGCAGGACCUGCCGCCCGAGCACCCCCUGGUCCCCGAAUUUCCCACGCGAGUCGGCCUGGCGCGGCUGCUGCUCGAGACGGAGAUGGAGGACGAGGCGCUGAGCGUUCUGGAGCGUCUAGUCACAGACGACGACCACAGCGUCGAAGCGUGGUACCUCGGCGGCUGGGGCCUGUACAUUGCAGGCGAAAAGCAGCGCGAGGGCGGAGCCAAGCCGGCGGCAGCGCCCAACGGCAAUGCGGGCGACGCCAAGGAGCACAAGGAAGAGGAGUGGAAGUCGACAUGGUCCACGUCGCGCAAGUGGCUCGUACGAUGCCUCAAGCUGUACGCCAUGCUCGAGUACGAGGACGAGCGGCUGGGCGAGCACGCCGUGGAGCUGUUCAACUCUAUCAACAAGGAGCUGGGAGAGCUCCCCGAGGGCGAGGAGGACAAUUGGGACGACAGUGGCGAUGAAGACGGCGAGGAUGAUGAGGACGAGGAGAUGCAGGGCUGA